ACAUUCAUCAUCCUUAUGAAUAAAAUUGUGAUAUGCUUCGUGCUGCUUCACGAAUUAUUGUCUUAAGACUGAAACUGAUGUCGACGAAAACAUAAUAAUGUAAAAUUCUUUUAAAAAUGAAAAGAAAAUUAUUUACUUGAAAAAAAUCAACACAAUUACUGUUUUCUUGUUCUAUCUUUGUAUUUUGGUGCUCCAAUUUGUUAAAAACAAAUUAAAAAACGUUAAUUACAUGAAAAUAAUUCUUAUGUAUUUGUGUUUUCAUUAGUUAUCUUUGUUAUCUAAUGCCAAUGAAAUAUUUUUUGUCAGUUUCAUGAUUUUUAUAAAAUGUAUAAUUUUUAAACUUAUGAAAGUAUCUGGAAUUAAAUAACUUAAAACAAUAGUGAAAUUGUAAAUUACUAAGAAAAAUGUUAUGGAUAUAAAGUUUUGUCCUCGAUGAUUUUCAAUAAAAAAUAAGAAUAAAUAAGUAAAUGUUUUAUUAGUUAAAAAAUAUUCCUGGUUAAUUAAUUUGUUAUUAUUAAAUUUAGUUUUUUUUUGUCUUUCAAUUUUAAUUCAUAAAAUUAAUUAAUUUGAAAUCGACUUAUCUUGUCAAUAUAAUAAUUUGUUCAUUAAGUAUUUAUAACUAAAGGUUUGGGCAAUAAUGGAAUAUUUAUAUUACAUUUAAACUCUAUUGAGAAACUGUCCUCUCAAUUGCCAGGUUAGACCAUUUCUGAAAACAUCAAACUGUUUUGGUUCGAUAAUCUGUACUAUACCCUACAUGCAAUUAUACAAGUAUACAUACUAUGUAUAACCACAGCGUACAUCUGACAUCAAUCAGCUCUUGUAUCAAUAUGGCGUAGCAGAAUACAAAACUCGUUGUUUUUGAAAAAAUUUAAGUUUUAAAAAAAAUUAAGGUAACAUGUCAUUAUAAUUAAUACAGCGUAUCGUGCAAUUUUUUAAUCGCUUUAUGAAUGUAGUAGUACUUCUUCAAAUUGUUAGAUAUUACUAGAUAGUGAAGAACCUUAACAUAACCUUUAACUGUUAAUAAAAAAAGUUACAUCUCUUAUAAUAAUGUUUGAGUGGGCCUACAGUGGAGUAAAUGCUUCAAUUCCAAGAAACGUAGGACCAGAAUGUGCUGCUUAUCUUUCUAAAAAAAGAAGAAUAAUAGAAACUUUUUUGGUUUCAAUAUACAUAAUUUUUUUAUUAAUAUGGAGCUUAAAAAGAAUGACUUUACCGAAAUCAGUACCAUAUGUACAACAAAUAAGAAAAGGCAAAGUAUUUUUACUUACAACAAUGUGUUUAGUAUUUGGAGUUGAAAUUGGUUUCAAACUCUCUAUGAAAACAUUUGUAUAUAUUUUGAAUCCUUGCCAUGUAAUUACUAUCAUUGAGAUAUAUCUGUUAGCUGUUGAACCGAAUAGUCCUACUGUCACAGCAAUUUUUAGAAUAGUAGUUUCAGGAUUGAAUGGGCCAGUUUUAGCCUAUGUGUUUCCUGAGACUGAUUGUAGACCAAUGUUUGCAGAUAAAGCAGUCUAUUAUAUUCAGCAUGGCUUGAUGGCUAUAGUUCCUUAUUAUUUAAUACGACUUGGAGGUGCUUAUAAUGUUGAACCAUUGACUGACAUGAGUUGGUCAAUUUUCGGAUAUGCUGUGAGUUUAGCUUAUCAUUUUUGGAUUCUACAAAUUGUAGGAAUGCUUGUCCAAGUCAACUUGAGUCACAUGUUAUGUCCUGCUAUUCUGGAUCCAUUUGAUGGUCAAAAUUAUAGAAUUUGGGCAACCUGUCAUCAGUUAUUACUUAUUCCUCUUCUUUACAAAUUGUUUUGUGUAAGUGCGUAUUUUUUCCUGAUCAAAUGUCCAUUAACAAGAGUAAAACCAACUCUUGAUUAUAUGCUGAUAAAUUACACUGUUAAACAAAAAAGUAUAAAUAAUUACGAAGUUACAAAUAGUGGCGGAAAUUUACAUAGACACAGUGAAUGAAAGCUAGUCAAAUUAAACUGUGAUAGUAUUUUUUGCCAAUUCAUAAAUAUUCACUAUGUAAGCACGUGAUAAUUACGCCUAAUGUAAAAAAAUAAAAAUUUGAACAUUAAAAUAACUAUCUUUCGAUCAAGAUGAUAGUAAUUGAUUGAUUAAAACGUUGUACUCUACUGGCAUCCAGUGUUUUACUAUCUAAAAAAAUUUAACUGAGUAAUUUAAUUUAUAAAGCUAAAUGCUUGAAAGUGUAGUCUUUAUUGUUUGCGUAAUUAUUGUAUAAAACAAAUAAUGUAACACUAAUGAUAUUUUUAAUAUUGUGUGUAAAAUCUAUAUUUCUGUAAAAAAAACUAAGCACCAAUGUCUGAAAAUCGGUACUAUUAGUCAUAAGAAUUUUAAAAGUAUAUUGCUAGAGUUUGUCAAUUAAGUAAUUACUGACUCAUUUUUACCACUUUGAUGUUGUGGUAUGUGGUCUAAAACGAGUACCUUGUGAGUAAAUGUCAAAGCUAUAGAUGAUUAGUAACUGAGAUUUUCAUAACAAAUGAGAUUAUUUUGGGACUCUUAUACCUGACAAGUUGUGAAACUGUUGUAAAAACACAUAAUAUACUGUAAAAUAAUAUAAUAUAUAUACAGCCUUGCUGUUGUUAUGUUUGACCGUCGACAGUUCUUUUAUUACAUAGCCGUAGUUUCAGCAAAGGAGUAAUAAGUAACGAUAAAUACCGAAUAAUUACAUACCAAAGAAAAUAAACAAAACGUUAUGAUCAAAAAAUUCUAUUCAUGAUAUGUACUUUAACUCAUUCAUCUGUUACAUCAAUAAAUGCACUAUAUGAACGCCGAGUACAAAUUUCCUUUGCGAUACUAGUAUAAGAUACAAUGUACAGACAUUAGUUUAAUUUAUUCCAGAUGUACUCCACUAGUUACUCAUGAAAGCAUUUUGUUGUUUAGCGAAUAGUGUAUAAAAAUGUAAUGGAAAUUAUUGCAAAUAUACAUACAUAUUAUAUUUAUU